UGACGCUCCUGAGUGUCUGUGUUAUGAGACGUAUUUUGUAAGGUGUCUCCGCUCAACAUUUGUUUGCCCAGCAGGCGGGUUACACAAGCUUGUUCACUGGCUACGAGGCGACGACACCACGACUCCAACUCUGCUCAUUUAAAAAAGGAAAAACCGCUGGUGUCUCGUGAGCGUGCACGAGCUGACACACUAUGUUUCCCGCUAGCAGAUAUACAAGUAAAGCCCACAGGUGCAUCAGGGCACUGAAGACUGUACAGACAGAUCAUGCUGCCCCUCAGAUGUACACAGCAUUAAACAGGCGGACGUGCUCCUCAGUGUCAACAACCCGCAUCACUACACACUACACUAUCCAUCCUAGAGACAAAGACUCAAGAUGGGAAGGGGUCGAAAUGGAGAGGUUUGCAGACGAGGCCGAUGUGGUGAUAGUAGGCGGGGGCCCUGCUGGUCUUUCAGCAGCCAUCCGUCUGAAACAGCUAGCUAACGAACACGAGAAGGAGCUGCGAGUGUGCCUUGUGGAGAAGGCGUCUCAGAUUGGAGCACACACCCUGUCAGGUGCCUGUCUGGAGCCCACCGCCCUCAACGAACUCUUUCCUGAUUGGAAGGAACGAGGGGCACCCCUGAACACUCCAGUGACAGAAGAUGUGUUCAGCAUUUUAACGAAGAAACACAGAAUCCCCAUCCCCAUUCUGCCAGGUCUGCCCAUGGUGAAUCAUGGUAACUACAUAGUGAGGCUGGGGAACUUUGUGCGUUGGCUGGGGGAGCAGGCCGAGGAGCUCGGAGUGGAGCUGUACCCAGGAUACGCUGCAGCUGAGGUUUUGUUUCACGAAGACGGAAGUGUAAAAGGAAUCGCCACCAACGACGUAGGCAUCGCCAAAGACGGCUCACCGAAGGAUGUUUUUGAGAGAGGAAUGGAGCUCCAUGCUAAAGUCACGUUGUUUGGAGAAGGCUGUCACGGACACUUGGCCAAGCAGCUUUACAAGCAAUUCAACCUGCGUGAGAACUGUGAACCUCAGACGUACGCCAUCGGCCUGAAGGAGGUGUGGACGAUUGAUGAGAAGAAGUGGAGGCCGGGCAGAGUGGAGCAUUCAGUGGGCUGGCCCCUGGACAGAAACACAUAUGGAGGAUCCUUUUUGUAUCACCUGAAUGAGGGAGAGCCACUGGUGGCGCUGGGCUUUGUGGUUGGUCUGGACUACACCAACCCUUACCUGAGCCCCUUCAGGGAGUUUCAGCGCUGGAAGCAUCAUCCCUCUGUAGCUCCCACACUGGAGGGAGGCACCAGGAUUGCAUACGGAGCCAGGGCACUGAACGAGGGAGGAUUACAGUCCAUCCCAAAGCUGACGUUCCCUGGAGGGCUGCUGAUCGGCUGCAGCCCCGGUUUCAUGAACGUGCCAAAGAUCAAAGGCACCCACACAGCCAUGAAGAGCGGCAUGCUGGCUGCUGAGGCCAUUUUCCCCAAAGUCACAGCCGAGGACCCGCAGUCAGAGACAGCAGGACUCCAUGUACCUGAAUACGCUGAGAGCUUGAAGAAUUCGUGGGUGUGGAAAGAGCUGCACGCAGUAAGAAACAUCAGGCCGUCCUUCCACAAUUACUUUGGCCUGUACGGUGGCAUGGUCUACACGGGAGUCUUCUACUGGAUCUUCAGAGGAAAAGAGCCGUGGACACUCAAACACUGUGGCCUUGACGCACACCAGCUGAAACCAGCCAAAGAUUGUACACCGAUUGAAUAUCCCAAGCCCGACGGCAAGAUAAGCUUUGACCUGCUCUCGUCUGUGGCCCUGAGCGGCACCAAUCACGAGGGGGACCAGCCCGCCCACCUGACCCUAAAGAACGACAGCAUCCCCGUCGAGAGGAACCUGGCCGUUUUCGAUGGGCCUGAGCAGCGUUUCUGCCCCGCAGGUGUCUAUGAGUAUGUUCCCCUGGAAACAGGAGAGGGGAUGCGAUUGCAGAUUAACGCACAGAACUGUGUCCACUGUAAGACCUGUGAUAUCAAGGACCCGAGCCAAAACAUCAACUGGGUGGUGCCUGAAGGCGGCGGAGGACCAGCCUACAAUGGAAUGUGAACAACUUGUUUUUUUAAAUCUUUCUUGUCUAGAAAAAUAACUGUAAAGUAUCACGCUUUCAGGUCUUGCAGUACUUGCCUGCGAUGGCAAAUGUGCCUAAGUAUGAAACAGAAAAUAACUAUUUAGCUGUUUUUAAGGUUAAAAAAAAUAAAAUCUGCAAAAAAGGAUAUUAGAAAUAAAAGUGCAUUUUGUCAUAGGAAUGAUUUGUUAAUUUAUACAGUGAGAUUUAAGUUUCAAAUGUAGCACAGGCUUUAUCGAACCAAUGCAAAAUUCAGGACCAUAUUAACUGAAGUUUAGUCACAAUUUGCAGUUUUUGCAUCACUACUGUUAAAUCGUAAAUAUGGGCAUUGAGAGGUCCAGUGUGUAGGAUUUAGGAUUUUUAAGUGUCAUAUAAUAUUUAAACAUUUUUAUUUGUGUAUGAACACCUGAAACUAAACACUCUUUUAUGCUCCUUUUAUGCAAAAAAAAACAGGUACAUCUGGCUCAAAUAUUGCAAAGGUCACUGCCUGCAUGAUGCCAUGUGUCCGUUAUGUUGCCAUAGAUACAGCCAAUACAUGGCACUAGAGGGCGGAGUCAAAAGUUUCACACAACAGUAAACAAGGCGACGGUGGAGGAGGUCGGAAUAUUGUACCUUGUAAUGGAAGCAGUUUUGUAGACAGCAGCGUUUUUUGCAGCCAUUACGAACAUUGCAACACGUGGAACAGAGAAUUCUUUUAACUAAUUUUGCGAUAUAUUAUGAAUAGAAUAUUGAUUAGUCCCAUUCUGCUAAACGGACAAACCAAACGAUGUUUCGUGCAUUCUGCAACCUCACCACUAGAUGUCACUGAAUCCUACACACUGAACGAGGGGUCGGCAGCCUUUACUAACUAAAGAGCCAUAUUUGGCCAAAAAAAGCAACAAAGAAA